AGUACAAGGGCCAGUAAACCUGACUUAUCUUAGUGGGACAGACCAGCUGACCAGGAUUUCAUCAUCAAUGUCAGAUAAGUCAAGCCUGCUUGUGAAGGAAUUCAAGUCUCUGAGACAAUAUGUAUGGUUAGCCAAGUUGAAGAGAGGAAAACAAUUACCGUCCAUAUUGGUGACAUCGUGGAACAGUGUGAAUUCAGCCUCUAACAGUGUAUUUAGCCUGAAAAACCGGUUCAACAUGGAAAUUGUCAAGGAGCAAAUUAGUCGGGGUUUAUCAGUUGAGGAUGAGAAAAGUGUGAUAGAGGAGGUAGCAUGUAGUGGGGAUAUCCAUAAGAGUAUCAGGAUGACGAGGAAAUCCAAAAAGGCUGUCCCCCAAAGUGAUCAGAUUAAAGAAGAAGUGGACAAACUGUUAGCAUUAAAAUGCCAGAUAAAAGGGGAUGCUCCGUCAACAAAGAAUUUUGUCCUGAAAUGUCCAAAGGGCACAAAAGAUUACACUCCCAUACAGAUGGCAAUUAGGGAGAGUGUAUUCAACACUAUUGUUGCAACCUUCAAACGCCAUGGAGCAGAAACCAUCGACACACCUGUAUUUGAGCUUAAGGAAACACUAACAGGGAAGUAUGGUGAAGACUCCAAGUUGAUUUAUGAUUUAAAGGAUCAAGGGGGAGAACUCUUGUCCCUCCGAUAUGAUCUGACAGUGCCAUUUGCACGCUAUCUAGCCAUGAAUAAAGUAUCGAAUAUCAAGCGCUACCACAUAGCGAAGGUGUAUCGCCGAGACAACCCAGCCAUGACACGUGGCCGGUUCAGGGAAUUUUACCAGUGUGACUUUGACAUAGCAGGACAGUACGACCCCAUGAUACCUGAUGCUGAGUGUAUAAAGAUUGUAACAGAAAUAUUAUCCAAAUUAGAACUUGGAGAUUUUGUUAUCAAGGUGAACCAUAGAAAGUUGUUAGAUGGUAUGUUUGCUGCUUGUGGAGUACCAGAUGAGAAAUUCAGAACAAUUUGUUCCUCCGUAGACAAACUGGACAAGACAUUCUGGGAGGAUGUACGGACAGAGAUGAUCGAAGAGAAAAAACUCGACCCGGAAGUGGCAGAUAAAAUUGGGAUAUAUGUCAAGCUCCAAGGUGGCCAAGAUCUGAUAGAGAAGUUGUUGGAAGACGAGGCCAUUAAGAGCCAGAAGGCUGCGGUGGAAGGCCUCCAGGAUAUCAGCCUUCUCCUUAAGUACUGUAAGCUGUUCGGCAUCUCCGAUCACGUCAGCUUUGACCUGAGUCUAGCCCGCGGCCUCGACUACUACACUGGUGUCAUCUACGAGGGAGUCCUUAAAGGUUUUACCCAUGAUCCUAAUGCAAAGAAAGGGGAUGAGUCUGUGUCUGUCGGGAGUGUGGCUGGAGGUGGACGAUACGAUGGUCUGGUCGGCAUUUUUGACCCAAAAGGUCGUAAAGUACCAUGUGUUGGUGUCAGCAUCGGUAUAGAACGUGUGUUCGCCAUCAUGGAAGCUCGGGCCAUUGCAGCCAAGACAAAGAUCAGAACAACAGAAACUGAGGUGUAUGUUGUGUCGGCUCAGAAAGGGUUGCUGGAGGAGCGCCUAAAACUCUGUCGAGAGCUCUGGGAUGCCAAUAUUAAGACUGAGCAAGCUUACAAGGCCAAUCCCAAACCACUGAACCAGUUCCAGUACUGUGAGACAUCAGGUAUACCUCUGGCAGUCAUCAUAGGCCAGUCAGAGAUAGAGAACCAGUAUGUAAAGCUGAGCAACACCAUCACACGGGACGAGAAAAACAUACCAAGAGACCAAAUGAUUGCAGAAAUAAAGUCUGAGUUGGAGAAGAUGACGUAGGAAUGUGACACGAGUCUCUGGGACCAGUGCUUUUAACUUAUUAAACGGGACUGUGAAGGAAAAACAAUCUAGCAUCCAAACAGUUCCUGUCCUGUACUACCAAAAUACCAAAUACAGAUAUUGGCUUUUUCUUAAAAUAUCAGUCCUUCGCUCACUGUAAAGGAACAAAGUGGCAAAGCAGCUUUCCAAGAAACAUUAAAGUAGUUGGAUUACAAUAAACUAUACUAAAUAUAUUGUAGGAUUUUAUGUGAGAUUCAGGCUUUGGCAUAGAUACAAACCUUUAUAUCGGAUUGGUACUCAAAUAUCCUCUGCUGUCAACUCCAAGCUCAAAUUUAUAAUUCCUUGUAAUUGUAUUUCUGAGCCUGUUUUUGGCAAUGUGUACCUUGUCUAUACUCAGAUUGUUUGAUUGUUAAUGUCGCUACCAUUCAGCUGGUAGAUGGUUCCAGAUAUCAACAGUUCUCUUUGUAAAAUAUUACUCUUCAGCCAUACUUAAAACUAGAAUGUUUUAUCACUGGGUUUGAUAAAUAAUAUCUAAAGAUCAGAAUUAUGUAAAGUUGAGUCAUGUCUUUUCUUGUUCUACUGUUUGAUGAUUCGAGGAGCUCCCUCAAAUUUUAUUAUUCAUGAGAAACUGUUGAAUAAAAUGCUGCAAUUGUAAAAACUGGAGAUAUUUUAUAAUUUUAGUAUCUGCUCACGAGAAAAAAAACAUCUUAACACAUUGUCAAGUGUUCAGUUGAUACUGAAAAUAGGUAUGCUACAAGUCUUGUGCUGAAUGAUACUUAACAGAUUUGGUAAGUCACACUCUAUAACAAGACAACACAUGCACAAGUUCUUUCUUUGUCCAGAAUCCAUGAUGUUGCUGUUGAGGAGGCAUCAUCCCAUGAAGAUGCCAGAUAAUUCAUGAUUAAAGCCAAGCCAGUCAUGUUACGAAGUGUUAUUACACAAUAUGUAGAUGAUCUGAUGGAGUAAAGCAGUUGCCCUUUGUUAGAGGUGUAGGGUAUUGUUUAGCUUGUACAUAGUCUAUUGCCACCCCCACAACCUCUAUAGGUUUCUCUACCAUUGGAUAAACCUGCUAGGAGUUUUUUGGUUUUGGUUAUCCGCUAGUGGGUAAUGCCUUGGGUGUUACUUCAUUGGUCAAUGCAAUCUUUUAAUUGUGAUGUUAUAUAACAAUGCAUCUUAUCUUCAAUCAUGACAUUAAGAUUCUUUGCAAUAGUUUCCCUGAUCUGAAACAGAAAUAAUGCAUUUCUGAUGAAAACAUGGUUUUCUAGACAUGAUAUGAAUGUUAUGGGAGAAACAGAUUCCCAAACUUGUGAUGGCUGGUCAACUUGUUUAUCUUACUCUCAUUAAUUAAUUUUCACUUGAUAAACCUCUUUUUGAAAAUUUAACUCGAGUUAGAUAAACAUGAUAACUUACCGUAACUCCCGUUUGUGUUUCAGGGGACACAAUGUCUUUUUCUCUGAAGGGUAAAUGGGAAUUAAUGUGGCUGAAUCAACGAAGCUUGACUUACUUUUCUGAUAUUGUAGAUCUAGUCGCCACCUUUUGGAUGUUAUAAAUCUCAGAUCAUUCACGCAAUAAAUUUGGUAAAAGUUU